AAGCCAUAGUUUUAAUUGUAGUUAUAUAUGAUCUGUGUGGAAGGCUAUGGAAAUGAUAUUUUUGUUAGUUGCGGUUCAUUUUCAGAAUUUCUGUGAGGCUUGCAUGUGUCACGACCUUUGUCCUUAGUAGGUUCAUCAAUCGUCAUGGAAACAAGUACGGGUUUGGAUCCGACGCUUCCGCUUCUGCAAAAGGACAAUUAUGAGAACAACUCCGCCAAAAGCGGUGACCGGAGUGACCGACUCACUCGUCGGAACUCCGUCAACUCGAUCAGAACCUUCUUCUUCUCUAAGCUUCCCGAUAAAGUCCGUUCUGGCCUCGACUCCGAGUCUCCUUACGACGGCAUUAACAUCUCCUCCACCACCGCCUUAAGCAAAGGGGAAAUAGAAUACUAUGAAAGACAAUUAGCGACUCUGAAAUCGUUUGAGGAAGUGGACUCCGUGGUGUCAUCUGAUUGCAUUGAUGAGGAAGACAGUGCUGAACUAGCUCAACAAGAAAGAGCAAUGAGGAUUUCCAAUUAUGCAAACAUAGCAUUGUUAAUAUUAAAGAGUUAUGCCACCAUAAGGAGUGGAUCAAUAGCUAUUGCUGCAUCAACUUUGGAUUCUCUGCUUGAUCUCAUGGCUGGUGGCAUACUUUGGUUCACUCACCUCGCAAUGAAGAACAUAAAUAUCUACAAAUACCCAAUUGGAAAGUUAAGAGUUCAGCCUGUUGGCAUUAUUAUCUUUGCAGCAGUCAUGGCUACACUUGGCUUUCAGGUAUUAAUCACAGCUUUACAAAAACUAAUACAAAACAGUCCUGGUGAAAGCUUGUCCGCGGAACAGUUAAUAUGGUUGUACUCUAUUAUGCUAUUUGCAACAGCAGUGAAGCUUGUGCUCUGGUUUUACUGCAGAAAAUCGGCAAACAGGAUUGUCCGUGCCUAUGCAGAUGAUCAUAAAUUUGAUGUUGUAACAAACGUGGUUGGAUUAGUCGCAGCCGUACUUGGUGAUAAAUAUUACUGGUGGAUCGACCCGAUUGGUGCUAUUAUGCUUGCAAUUUACACUAUUACAAAUUGGUCACGCACCGUCAUGGAAAAUGCAGUUUCACUGGUGGGACAAUCUGCACCUCCUGAAGUUUUGCAGAAGCUCACAUAUCUCGUUAUAAGGCACCCUAGAGUCAAGCGCAUUGAUACUGUUCGCGCAUAUACAUUUGGGGUUCUGUAUUUUGUGGAGGUUGACAUUGAACUGCCAGAAGAUUUACCCUUAAAAGAAGCACACGCCAUUGGAGAGAGCCUACAGAUAAAGCUCGAGAAACUCCCAGAAGUUGAGCGGGCAUUUGUUCAUUUAGACUUCGAAUGUGAUCAUAAACCAGAGCACUCAGUUCUCGUCAAACUGCCCAACAAUCAGUCUUAAGCACAUUUUUCAGGUAUAUGUGUAAAAUUCCCAACCUCUGUUGUAGAGUCUAUGGCAAAUAACUUCUUCACGAAGAACGAAACUUUCAUUAGUAGAGAAGGAUCCAACUGUUUGUAUGUGUGAAACGGCAACCAUUAUGUACGCAAAAUUUUCCUUUUAAUGGAAGUGUUAUUUAGUUCAGAA